AUGGAGGCCGAGGCGACCGAAGUUAAUGGUGGACCCGAGUCUCCUACUCCCCGGAGAGCAUGUGACCAAUGCAGACUUAGGAAGAUACGCUGUGAUAAGGAAUCGCCGUGCUCCAACUGCCGGAGCGCUAGGCGAUCAUGCAGUUCUACAGGAGCUGGCCAGAAACCCAAGGAACCACGGCAACGGGUACUAAUAUCCAGCCAAUAUGAGCGGAAGAUUGACUUAAUCGAGGAGCGGCUCGGUGGUAUUGAGACGCUUCUACGAAAUCUAAGCCCAAUUUCGGCGUCCAAGCCACCCGACACGGAAGCUUUUACACGGCAGUCGUCUGACAAGCCAACGCCGUUAUCCCCUAACAGUCGAGAUGAGUCGUCAGGCACCGUUUUCGAUCCGGAAGAUGCGGGAGACUUCGAGGGCAACUCAUCCUUAGCAGCACACACUGUCUUCGCGAGUGAGUUUCUCGAGCAUGCCGUCCAAGGGACUCCAUUACAGCAAGAAGGGAACGUCCCCAAGAUUGAUGCGGCGUUGUCGUCGCUGCGUCAUAUCUUAAACAUACAUAAGACCCAGCGUGCUGUGUCGUCGUUCCAUGAAUUUCGUACCCCCGGCUCGAAGCAGCAGCCAAAGGUUAGCUUACGAGACCUGCCCCUGCCGCCUAUGGAACUCGUAGCGGAGAAAUUACGAGAAAUGAAACAUGGCCCGGCCCCCAUGAUGCUUGCUGUCCUCUAUUGCUUUAUAGAGGUUGAUCGUUUCACCGAUCAAUGCAGGCGAGUAUAUUUUCAUACUGACGACAAUACGGAUGCGACAUACAUACUCGUCAACUCUGGCCUCGCUUAUAUGUUCUUUGAAGCGGGCCUCGGAACAAAAAACCCUGAAGAGAAGGCUCGGUAUGAUUCAUAUUACCAUAUGUGUCAAAAGAACUUGGAGGUUGCACUAUCACAACUCAACCUUCUUAUGCCGGCAACAUUGGAGAAUAUAGAGGCCUUACUUAUGGCGGCUAGCUUCUCAAUAGAUAUAUCACGGCCCUCACUGGCAUGGCUUCUUGCUUCACGUGCCGCUCAUAUGUGUAGGACAUUAGGUCUGCACCAGAUGCAUACAAUGAAAGACGACAGCCCACAGAAGAAGGCUGACAAGUCCCUAUUAUUCUGGUGCACGUAUAUGCUUGAUAAAGGGCUGUCUUUAAGACUAGGUCGGGCGUCUAUCUUACAAGAUUAUGACAUCUCGCUACCGCAUAUAGCUCCUGAAGCUAAGGCUGCGUUCCCAGGCACCGAGGUCAUGACACUAUGGAUAAAGCACGCGCAAGUUCAAGGCCGAAUCUAUGAGCGCUUAUAUAGUCCCGGUGCUCUACGGCAGUCCGAUAUGUAUCGCGUUGAGCAAGUCGGCAUAAUAGCUUUGGAACAAAAGAACCUGAUGGCGCAAAGUAUGGAGCUUUAUGCGCAGUUUAAGGCGUCCGAGACCGCUGAGGGUCGCAUGUUCGCAAUCAUGCUCAAGUCUGAUCAAGUUUCGUACCUUUCGUCGCUAGCCUUGACAUAUCGUGCGAUGCCGCCCGCGGGCACGCGCUCCCGGACCUUCUCGGAUGAAUGCAUUGACUACGCGCGAGCAGCGAUGUCAUGUCAUCAAGAGGCAAUGGGCAUGAUGGAAGAUCAGUCUCUGAAAAUUGUGUACAUCCACUGGACGAUCCUCUACGCGCCAUUCAUCCCGUUUAUCGUAAUCUUCUGUUUAGUGAUCGAGACCUCGAGCGCAGAGGACCUACAGCGACUAGGCGAUUUCGUACAGUCACUAGCGGCGGCGUGCGACUUAUCACACUCAAUUAGCAAGUUACACCAGUUAUGCCAGGUACUAUAUAAUGUCGCACAGCUGUAUAUCGAGGCCAAGGCGCAGCAACCCGUUGACCAGGACAUGGUGCCCGUAGGCAACGAAUUUAAUAUGUAUCUCAGCCAACUAGGGUUCAUGCCCAUAGACGAGAACGUAGCAAAUUUCGAUGUCAGCGAUAGCGGAAAUAUCGACGAUCAGGCGAGAUCUAUGGCGCAGACAACACAGUUAGGAGACUGGUUCUCGGGAAAUAAUUAUAUGUUAGGCCUUUUAGAGGAAGACCUUUCGGGGAUAAAUCCCUCGGGUUGGCCGUCGUGA